AUGAUCAACCAGCAACUACUACCCAUGUCUGGAAACAUUCCAAAGCAUCUUCAAGCGGUAAGAACUGCGGUGAAGCUAUUCGAUGAUUUCUGCCACAAAAGAUGGGAUGAACUCAAAGCGGAAGCAACGAAAGAAGGGAUGGUGUUGACUUCUUUUCUAGAGCUCGUUACCGAUUCUAGAGGCGACCCAGUUUGCAUCGAAAGAAUAAACCAUGAGUGGCGAAAAACCAACUUGAAGAAAGUCUCCUGGAAGUCUGGUCAAUACGAUUUUCUGCUGCCAGCAAAACACAUUCAAAAAUAUGGAAGGCUUUUAUUCUGA